AUGGAGAGUAAAAUUAAGCUGCAAAUACGCUCCUGCCUGUCGAGCCUGCAACCGCGACGUUUCCGGGAGAUUUACCGGGUGGGAGAACGCCGACAUCACGCGAUUUGCAUCCGUGACGGCUGGCUGGAGUUCUACCUGACAUGUGUGGAGGAGGCGCAGCGUAGAAUAUUUCCCAUUAAUUCCAAUAAUUCAUUGAGCAACUCAAAAGCCCCAGGAAUGUCUGGAAAGGACACAAACUGUUUGCUAAAAGGAGGUAAGAGGGAGGUGAAAGAGAGAAGAGCAGAGGAGAGACAUUUAGAAGUGAUUGGCAUAGGAGGAAAUGAUGAUGAGAAGGAGAAAGAAGUCGACCUUGAGAAGAACAAGGUGAGUGGUCAUGAAGAGGACGAGAAAAAUCACCAUGAGGGGAAAAAAAGUCACAAUGUGGAAAAGGAGAAAAUGAAUCGCCAAGAAGGAGGGAUUGGCAGGGUGAAGGAGAAGAAAUGGGAAAGAAAUGGUGACCAGGAGAGUAAUGACGAGAAGGAGAAGAACAACAACCAAGAGAAAGAGGGGGAGAAAAACAGUGGUCCUAAUGAGGAGAAACAGGGUGACCAGAAAGAGGAGGAAAUAAAGGGUUACAAUAAGGAGAAAGAGUGGAAGGAGGACAUUAACUGGAUGAAGGAAGAGAAAGUGGAUGUUGAGGAGGAGAAAAAAGGAAACCACGAUGAGGAGAAAGAGAAACAUCACAAAGAGGAGGAGAGAAGGAGCAACCACAAGGUAGACAAGAAAAGGAAUGAUCAACAGGAGAUUGACUGGAUGAAAGAGGAGAGUGAUCAAAAUGAGGAGGAAAGGGGUGACCAGGAAGAGGAGCAAAAGGACAAAGAGUGUUAUCAUGAAGAAGAGGAGAAUGAAGGAGAUGAUGUGGAUGUGAUGAAGGAGAAAGGGGGUGAUUUUGUUGAGAAGGAGCAGAGGGAAAGUAGUCAUGAUGAUGAAGAGAAGAAUAACCAGGAGGAGGAAAUAAGGAGUUACAAUGAGGAAAAAACAGGUGACAAGGAGCAGCAGGAGGAGAAAGCGAGUAAUCAUGAAGAUGCGAAUAUUAACGACCAGCAAGAGAAGGAGGAGGAGAUUGACUGGGUGAAGGAGGAGAAAAUGUGUAACCAGGAGGAUGAGCAAGAGGAGAUAGAGGGUAAUCAUGAAGAGGAAGAGGAAGACAGAAACCAAGAGGAGGACAAAAGGAAUGACCAAGAGGAGUUUGACUGGAUGAGCCAUCAUAUUGAGAAGGAAAAGAAGGAUGACCAGGAGGAGGAGCAGGAGGAAAAGGAGAGCUGUGGUGAAGAUGAACAGAAGAAGAACCAACAGGAAGAGUUUGACUGGAUGAAGGAGGAGAAAGGGAGUGAUCAAGAAGAGUAUGCCAAAAAGAGCAAACAGAAGGAAGACAAGCAAGCGGAGAAGAUUGACUCGGGGAAAGAGGUAAACCGAGGUCAUUACAAAAUGGAUAACCAAGAAGAAGAGCAGGAGAAGAAAGAGAGUGAUCACAAUGAGGAGGAGAAAAAGAGCAACCAUGAAGUGGAGGAGAAAAGGAAUGAACAAGAUUCGUUGAAGAAAGAGAAAGGGAGUAAUCAUGUCGACCAAGAGGAGGAACAAGAUGAGAAAAAGGGUGAUCGUGAAGGGGAGGCAAAAAAGAGCAACCUGGAGGAGAAAAGGAAUGACCAAGAGGAGGAGUUUGACAUGGUCAAUGAUAAUAAUGAGGAGGAGAUGAAGAGUGACCAGGAGAAGGAUGAGGAGGAGGAGAAUAGUCAUGAAGACAAGGACAAGAAUGACCAGGAGGAGGAAGAAAUAAAGAGUUACAAUGAAGAGCAAGGGGGUGACCAGGAGAUGCAGGAGGAGAAAGAGAUUAAUCAUGAAGAGGAGAUGAACGAACAGCAGCAGCAGGAGGAAGGGGAGAAGGGUGAUCAUGAAGAGGAGAAAAAGGCUGACAACGAGGAGGAGAAAGUGGAUGAUCUUGAUGAGGAGGAGAAAAGGUGCAACCAGGAGGAGGAGGAGGGCAGGAGUUACGAGAAGGGGGAGGACAAAAAGAAUGACCAAGAGGAGGAGAUGGACUGGGUCAAGGAGGAGAAGGAGAGUGAUCAUGAAAAUGAGGAAAACAUGAAUGACCAGAAGGAGGAGGGAGAGGAGAAAGAAAAUGGGCAAGAGGAGGAGACUGAAUGGGUGAAGGGGGAGAAAGUGAGUGAUCAUGUUGAAGAGGAGAAAAUGGCUGACCAGGAAGAGGAGCAGGAGGGUGACUCUGCAGACCAGGACAAAAGGAGUAAACAGGAGGAGGAGAAAGGGAGCGUUCAAAAUGAGGAGAAAAAGGAUGACCAGGAGGAAGAGAAAAUGAGUUGCAAUGAGGAGGAGGUGAAACACAAUAACCAAGAGGUGGAGAUUGACAGGGUGAAGGAGGAGGAAGGAAGUGAUGUUGUUGAGGAGGAGAAAAUGGGUGACCGGGAAGUAGAGGAGGAGAAAGUGAGAGAUUAUGAAGGAGAUGAGAAAAACAGCAACCAGGAUGAAGGGGAGAAAAGAGGUGAUCGAGAGGAAGAAGAGAAGAAAGAGAGUGUUCAUCAAGAGGAGAAGAUGAAUGAGCAGGAGGAGGAGAACAAAGGGAGUUACAAUGAGAAGGAGAAACAGAAUGACCAAGAGCGGGAGAUUGACUGCAUGAGGGAGGAGAAAGAGCGUGAUCAUGGUGAUGAGGAAAAAAUGGGUGAUGGGGAAGAGGAGAAGAAAGAAUAUCAUCAUGAAGAGGAGAAAGAGAGCAACCAGGAGGAGGAGAAGAAAGGGAGUGAGCAUGAAAAUGAGGAGAUGAACAACCAGGAGGAGAAAAAAGAUGAACUGGAGGAGGAGAAAAUUAGUUGCAAUGUGGAGGAGGAGAAAGGGGAGAACAGGAAAAAUGACCAAGAAGAGGAGGAAAAAGCUGAUUUAGAUGAGGAGAAAAUGAGUUACAAUGAGGAGAGAAAUAAUGACAAAGAAGAGGAGGAUGAAAAGAGUUGUUUUGUGAAGGAGCUUGAGAAGGAGGAGGAAGAGAAAGAUGAGGAGGAAAAAGAGUGUGACGAGGAGGAAGAAAGGACCAACCGGGAGGAGAAAGCGAGUGACCAUGAUGAGCAGGAGGAAAUGAGCUACCAGGAAGAAAAGGAGAACAUAAAUUACCAUGAGAAGGAGGAGGACGAGGAGAAGGAGAAAAAGAGUGACCCUGAGGAGAAUGGCCCAGGGGAGAAGAAGGACAAGGAGAAAGAGAUUGACCCCAAGAAGGAGGAGAGCAACGAGGCGGGGGAGGCAGAGGAAGGGAGUGACAAAGAGGAGGCAAGCGACCAGGAGGAGGAGGAAGGGAGCGACGAUGACGAGGAGGAGAAAGAAAGUGACAACGAGAAGGAGAGUGACCAGGAUAACGAAGAGGAGGAGAACAGCGAUGACGAUGACGAGGAGGACGAGGAGGAGGAAGACACUGACAACGAGGAGGAGCACACUGACCAGGGGGAGGAGGACGACGACGACGAGAGUGACAGUGAGGAUGAAAGUGACAGCGGGCAGGACAGUGGCAGUGAGGAGGACAGUAACCACGAGGAGAAGAAAGAUGGCGGCAAGGAGAAAGAGAAGGAGGAGGACACGGACAACAAGGAAAAUGAGAGGGCCAAUGAGGCGCAAGAGGAGGAGGAGGCGAUGGAUGUGGACGAAAGUUACGUGCAGGAGGAGGUGGGACGACAGAGCAACGCCAAGGCGAUGGGCGACCACGACAAGGAGAAUGACCUCGAGGAGGAGGUGCCGGAGGGUCGGUGGAACGAAGCAGUGAGGAGGCUCUGGGUGGAAAGAUGGAUACGGGCAAGGAGAGAGAAUGGGAGGCGCUGGGUGGUCAUGAGGGGGAGGAGGUACAGAGCAAUGAGGAGGCGCUGGAUGACCACCAGGAGGAGGAAGAAGGCGAAGAGGAGUUUGGUCGCAAUGAGGAGGCGGGCCAAUAGAGUGAUGGAGAGCCCACGGAUCAGUGAGGCAGGAGGAGGAGAGUGGCCAGGAGGAGAACCAGGGAAUUAA